CAGUCUUCUGACCUGUUCCACCUACGCAGGGCAUUUUAUGGCUUAAGGAUGAUGGCUUAGAAAGGAAGGGAGAGAUUUACUUUGGAUUAAAUUCAACAUGGGAAAAUGCUUAAGCCACUGCAAAGACGACCAGAGCUUGCUACCAAAUUAUCCUGCAGAUCAAGUUACUUCAGACCACCGGCACCUUGGAUUCUCUUCCAUUACUCAUCGAACUAUAUCUCUUGAUCCUAAAAGAACCCGUCUAUCUGCAGUAUGUAAAGUCAGUUCACGCAGAGGAAGUAAAAAUUUAUCUUCUUCAUCAAGUGCAUCUACUCACUCAUCUUUCUCUGGGAGAAAACAUUCUUUAUUUGUGAAAUUUCAGAAAAGCGGUGUUUUCCCCGACUGUCAACAAAGUGGAGCCAAUUUUGAUUCUCAAGAAAAAAGCAGCUUCAGUGAUGUAAAAUUCUCCUCAAACCAUUUUGGCCUUAGAUCCCAAAGACUUUUCUCUGCCCCGAGACUUAGUAUAAUUUCCUGUUAUGAGAGCACUAGUUUUUUUGAUCUUCAAUCAAGAUGUCAUAAAAUCUUUAAUCCAGAUGAAGUUGAAACAGUUUCUGAAAGCUCAAGUAUGACUAGUGCUGAAAAAUAUAUAAGCCCUUGUUGUCCCAAAUAUAACAUUAGAUGUUCUAUGAAUUUUGAAGCAAAAGCUAACUCUUCAACCCAUCAGAACACUGUUGAUGGAAGCAUCUACCAACACAGCACGGCCAUCUUACUUUCUCUUCCCACUAUAAUUUCCUAUUCCUGUCAACAAAGCAAGGUUGCGACUGAUACCGAAGGAAGAGGCCAAUCAAGGUAUAUUACAGCUAAUACUGACACAGAAGAACAGAGUUUUCCUGUCCCUAAGGCAUUUAACACACACAUAGAGGAAUUAAAUUUAGAUGUCCUUCUUCAGAAGGUUGAUAAUUUACGUAUGAAUGAAUCUAGCAAGAUGGAGAGUUUUGAACUACUUUGUGACCACAAAGAAAAGUUUAGAGAUGAAAUAGAGUUUAUUUGGAGGUUUGCUCGCGCUUAUGGAGACAUGUAUGAGCUAUCUACGAAUGCACAAGAAAAGAAACAUUAUGCUAAUAUUGGGAAGACAUUGGGGGAAAAAGCUAUUACUAGAGCGCCCAUGAAUGGGCAUUGUCAUCUGUGGUAUGCAGUCUUGUGUGGCUAUGUGUCCGAGUUUGAGGGCUUACAAAAUAAAAUCAACUAUGGACAUCGCUUCAAGGAGCAUCUGGAUAAAGCAAUCCAGUUUUUACCCGAAGAACCUUUUUUGUAUUACCUCAAAGGAAGAUACUGUUAUACUGUCUCGAAACUGAGCUGGAUUGAGAAAAAAAUGGCUGCUACUCUGUUUGGAAAAAUACCAUCCUCAACUGUAGAAGAAGCUUUGCAAAAUUUCCUUAAGGUUGAAGAACUACACCCUGGUUUUUCUAAGUCCAAUUACUUGUUCUUGGCCAAGUGUUACAUCGAUCUUGAACAAACAGAUGACGCUGUGAAGUUUUGUAAUUUGGCAGUAUCGCUCCCUUGUGUUACCAAAGAGGAUAAAGAUGCACAGAAAGAAGUGAAAAAAAUAAGCACUUCCUUGAAGAGGUAAAUAAAAGAACUCACUCUUCAACAAAUCAGAUGUGGUCUACUAAACUUUGAACUAACCCAAGUGGCGUUUUUUAUUAUCCCUUUUUCUUUUCUGAUGUAAGGGUAAUGUGCUCAGAUUUGAAGGUAAAACCAUGUUUCUGCAGCAUGCAUUCCACUAGUAUCACUGCGAAACUAAUAAUGUUACUUGGAGAAGUCGAUUUCGCAUAAUGUCAGUACAAAAUGAUCUUUAAACACGUAUGAUUUCUAUUUUUCCUACCAAUAAACUAUAGUCUUGAGAAUAUUUCUUUAAAUAAAAUAUUUAAAUCAAUUCAAUAAAAUGA